GCCACUCGCGUGGAAUCUUGAAUUUGCCAGUGCGACAAGUACAGAGAAUAAGCAUAAAAUAUGUACAUAAUAUAUUCUUUUUCAGUUCUACAUUUAAGACGAGUCAGCGUGAAAAAUGAAGAUAAAGAAAUAGAUGGCCAUAUUGUCCAGGUGCUCUUCAGGUCGUCGAAGGGUUCUACGUAGAGGCAGAUAUCGUUUGCUGGUACUACCAAGAGGUAGAUGGGCACGAGACCUGGAUAACGGCGCAGGAUUUCACAAAUUACCUCGAUUCCCUGCUCAGAACUCUCAUUCUCGGUUUCCGUUGUUGUCCACAGGAUAUACAGGACUGUUGGAUCUGGGGUCGCCUUGGUCUGGCUGUGUAACAGGUUAUGGCCAAAGAAUAACCCAUCAAACAAGAUGUCUUUAGUGACCUUGCGAGAAAUAGUUAAGUCGCAAAGAAUCUCCGUCACGGAAGAAA